CCCUAAAUAGAAAUUUGUUGAAAUAUACCCAAAAUAAACGGCGCAUAAAAGGAAGCACUGAGCCAAAACCCUAAUUACAAUCUACACUACACGGCACCCGCAGCAGUCAACUCUCUCCCACUUUCUCGUCCAGUCGUCUCCUGCACCUCGAACUUCAACAGCUUUGGAGGUUAUGGCGCCCACUGUCAAAGUAGUUUCGGAGCAAGAGCAAGCAGCCCCAAGGCUGCAGAUUUACUCCACCUCUGAUACUCUCUCUUCUUUCUGGAGAGAAAAGUAUGAAAAAGAUGCCAAGAAGUACUGGGAUGUGUUUUACAAGCGGCAUCAAGACAAGUUCUUUAAAGAUCGGCACUACCUGGACAAGGAGUGGGGCAAAUAUUUCUCGGGCGCUGGGCGGAAAGUUAUUUUAGAGGUUGGCUGUGGAACUGGAAACACUAUUUUCCCACUGGUAACGAUGUAUGCAGAUGUUUUUGUCCAUGCAUGCGAUUUUUCAACAAAUGCUAUUAACUUGGUUAAGACGCAUAAAGACUUCACAGAUACCCGUGUUAGCGCAUUUGUUUGUGAUCCUACCAUUGAUGAUCUAAGCAAGCAGAUUUCUUCAUCGUCCGUGGAUAUUGUAACCAUGAUUUUUGUGUUAUCUGCAGUGUCUCCAGAGAAGAUGCCUCUGUUACUGAAGAAUAUUAAGAAAGUUCUCAAGCCAAAUGGUUGUGUGCUGUUUCGUGACUACGCUACUGGUGACCUUGCUCAGGAAAGACUGAAAUGCAAGGACCAAAAGAUAAGUGAAAACUUUUAUGUCAGGGGUGAUGGCACUCGUGCUUUCUACUUUGCUAAUGAGUUCUUGACAAGCUUAUUUAAAGAUAAUGGUUUUGAUGUCGAAGAACUUGAUUUGUGCUGCAAACAAGUUGAGAACCGGUCAAGGGAGUUGGUUAUGAAUCGACGUUGGGUUCAAGCCGUAUUCCGCCUUUCAGACGAUACAAAGUCCUCUACCAAAACGGAAGCAGCAACCAAAGUAGAUCAUCUUGGUCAAGAGAAAAGCGAGCUAGAGGUCAAUGAGAAUAUCUUGAAGAAACCUGUGAAUGAUUUGGAUGUUGACAUUUCCGACGGUGUGGCGGUGGACAUGUUUGGUGUCUUACCUUCCAAUGACAACGAGGUAAUUGAGCUAGAGCUAGGUGAUUGGACUUGCAAGAUUGAAGUGUUAUCCAAAGUGUAUCAACACACUUGCAAAUCAACUGGUUUAAUGUUGUGGGAAUCAGCUCGGUUCAUGGCUUCUGUUUUAACCAGAAAUCCAACUAUUGUCAGCGGGAAAAAGGUGUUGGAGUUGGGGUGUGGCUCCGGGGGCAUUUGCUCUAUGGUUGCCGCUAGAUCUGCUGACCUUGUGUUUGCGACUGAUGGUGACUCAAAAGCACUUGACCUACUGAUGCAAAAUGUCAAGUCGAAUCUUAGACCGCCAUUUCUGGACAAACUGAUUACAAGAAGAUUAGUGUGGGGAAAUAGAGAUCAUAUAGAAGCCAUCAAGGAAGCUAAUUCUCAAGGUUUUGAUAUCAUCCUCGGCACAGACGUCACUUAUGUAGCUGAAGCAACCUUGCCCUUAUUUCAAACUGCAAAGGAGUUAAUUUCAUCGGACAGAAGCACCGCUGAGGAUUUCAAACCGGCCCUAAUCCUUUGUCAUAUUUUCCGUCGGGUAGAUGAGCCUUCCAUACUUUCAGCUGCAUCCAAAUUCGGGUUUAAGCUAGUCGAUAAGUGGCCUAUAGAAACUCCUCCUUCAUCGCAAAGCAUCAUCAAAUCUUGGUUCCCUGAGAAUGGUUCGGAGAAUGUCGAGAGGGGAGCAUUACAUAUCCUGUACUUCCACGCAUAGCGAAUUUCGUGACCCGAUAGUUAUAUUUCUUUCUUCUGUUAUGACAGAUUAUAUCAAGAAAUACAGUCAAUGUUCAACAUUCCAGCCAUUUUGUUUUUGUUGUCACGUUUUGUACUAAAAUCUGUAAUUUUUCUUGAAAGUUGUUUGAGUUGCUAUUGAAAGCAUUGGAUGAAAGGAGAGCUAUGACCUUCAAUUGUGUAAUUUUCUUCUUUUUGUUGGGUAAAUAAAAGUGUGUAAAAUAAAACAGAAUAAUAAGAGCGAGGUAUACUAAUUAAUUCAUUUUCGUGGUUU